AUGAGCUCGUCUCACCUAAGCAACAGAGCUGAGAGCCGUUUUACAGCCUCAGAGGAACAUGAACUUGAGGCAGUGGGGAAGAAAGCUUGGGACAAUCCUGUUUACAAUGGCUCUCCCUCAACUUCCUUGAAGAUUCGAGCUAUCUACAACCCCAAGUCUAUCCUGGAGAAUCCCUAUGAGAACUUUGAAGAGGUGGGGGAUCCACUGCCCUACCAGGAAAAAAAGAGCAAAUGUGUGGACAGGAAGACAAGUCCUUUCCUCAAGUGCUGCUUCUGCAUCUUCAGAGGCAUCCGAGGUCUGUGGGGCACUACACUGACUGAGAAUAUAGCUGAAAACAGAGAGCUUUAUGUGAAGACCACACUGCGAGAGCUGCUAGUCUAUAUCAUGUUUUUGGUGGACAUCUGCCUAUUGACAUAUGGAAUGACAAGUUCCAAUGCCUAUUACUAUACCAAAGUGAUGUCUGAGCUCUUCCUGCAGACCUCAUCAGAUAAUCGUGUCUCCUUCCAGUCCAUUGGCAGUAUGGCUGACUUCUGGGUGUAUGCACAAGGCCCCCUUCUGGAUAAUCUGUACUGGACAAAGUGGUACAACAAUGAGUCCCUAGCAGCACACAGCACCCAGUCAUACAUCUAUUAUGAGAACUUGCUGCUGGGUGUCCCACGCAUGCGACAACUGAAGGUGAAGAACAAUUCUUGUGUGGUCCAUGAUGACUUCAAGGAGGAAAUCUCAGGUUGCUAUGAUGUAUACUCAGAAGACAAGGAGGAAAGGGUUUCCUUUGGGCUGAUCAAUGGAACCGCGUGGAGGUACCAUUCUGAGGAGGAGCUGAGUGGCUCAUCUCACUGGGGAAGACUAACUAGUUACAGUGGGGGAGGAUACUAUAUAGACCUCAAGAUGACCAGAGAGGAGAGUGCUGAAGCGCUGCAAGUCUUGAAAGAGAAGCUGUGGCUGGAUCGGGGGACACGAGUUGUCUUCAUUGAUUUCUCUGUGUAUAAUGCAAACAUCAAUCUGUUCUGUGUUCUGAGGUUAGUUGUUGAGUUUCCAGCCACUGGUGGUGCCAUUCCCUCCUGGCAAAUUCGGACAGUGAAGCUUAUACGAUAUGUCAGUGCAUGGGACUUCUUCAUUGUUGCCUGUGAAAUUAUCUUCUGUGUCUUCAUCUUCUACUAUGUGGUAGAGGAGAUUUUGGAGUUGCGCAUCCACAAGCUUCAGUACUUCGCUAGCAUCUGGAAUAUCCUGGAUGUGGUUGUCAUUCUGCUCUCCGUCAUUGCUAUUGGGUUUCACAUCUUUCGCACCACUGAGGUGAACAGACUAUUGGGAGAGCUGCUGAAGCAUCCUGACACCUAUGCAGACUUUGAGUUUCUGGCAUUCUGGCAGACGCAGUACAACAAUAUGAAUGCAGUCAACUUAUUUUUUGCCUGGAUCAAGAUAUUCAAAUAUAUUAGCUUUAACAAAACAAUGACCCAGCUCUCCUCCACACUGGCACGUUGUGCCAAGGACAUCCUGGGCUUUGCCAUUAUGUUCUUCAUUGUCUUCUUUGCCUAUGCUCAGCUGGGUUACCUUCUUUUUGGGACACAAGUGGAAAACUUCAGUACCUUUGUUAAAUGCAUCUUCACUCAGUUUCGGAUCAUUCUUGGUGAUUUUGACUACAAUUCCAUUGACAAUGCCAACAGGGUUCUUGGGCCCAUUUACUUCGUCACCUACGUGUUCUUUGUUUUCUUUGUGCUCCUGAACAUGUUUCUGGCUAUCAUCAAUGACACCUACUCUGAAGUCAAGGAGGAGCUUUCAAGCCAGAAGGAUGAGCUGCAGCUCUCAGACAUCUUGAAGCAGAGUUACAACCGGACACUCACGAGGCUGAAGCUGAAGAAGGAGCGGAUUUCUGAUGUGCAGAAAGCACUGCAGAGUGGAACAAAGGAACUAGACUUUGAAGACUUUAAGAACAGCUUGAAGGAACUGGGGCAUGCAGACCAUGAGAUCACAGCAGCCUUCUGCAGGUUUGACAAAGAUGGCAACCACAUCCUUGAUGAAGAGGAGCAACAGCAGAUGAAGCAUGACCUAGAGGAGAAAAAGGUUGCUCUGAAUACAGAGAUUGAAAAUUUGGGGAAAUCCUAUGGUGACAACUUGGGUGAGAACUUGACCUACAGGGAAGCAAGAAAUAACCACAUCAGAAAGGACAGCUGGGUCUCGAAAGAAGAGUUCCAAGUCAUCCUGCAACGUGUGCUGCAGCUGGAACGGUCCAUAAACAGCGUUGGCUUGAAGAUUGAUGCAGUGGUGAGCAAGCUAGAUGUGUCAGAAAGAAACAAGUUGAAAAGGAAAGACCUGUUGAGCAAACGAGUGGAUAGCAUUAUCAAGGAGGAGGAACCCAGUCAUGAAGAGCAACUCCCUCCGAGCCUAGAUGAGCUGAGGAAAGAAGCAGCAGAAGGUUGCACGAUGGAACACAUACAGGGAAACAACCUGGGUGGCAACUCUUCCCCAAAUGGUGUCUAUCCCAUCUUGCCCAAGUCAAGCAUGACAGGGGCUCGGGUGCCCAAGAAUAUCCAGCCACAAUGUCAUGUGUGCUUCUAGUGAGCAGCUUAAUGCUCCCAGUCUGGCUCCCAUGCUACUAAAAUCAGUGUUAGUCCUUUCCUCGCUGUUAAAAUAAUCCAGACAGGUGGACACAGACAUUACUAUUGUCAGGAAUCUGUGAUGUGAAAAGUCAGGGAUGCUCUUUUCCAGUGUUACCAUGUAUAAUGUCACAGAGCUAGAAUUUAUGCCUCAUAUAUCUCUAGAUGAGACUAGGUGGAACUUUGGAAUCAUAUGAUGUAUUAGUUUUCUGCCUCUGAACAGGGCGAUGCAGUCAGUCAAUCUAUCUUUUUUCCAGUAAGUAGAGACUCUAGAACUCUGUCAACACUCACAUCCUGAAGCAACACACUGCAACUUGUUCCCAACACACACAAAGAUGUGUUUCUCCUAUAAACAAAGCAGAAUAUAAUCAUCAGUAUGAGAUAGAACGGAGAGAUCUAUUUUUUUUUCUGCCAGGUUACCAAACGUUUUGUUCUGCUAUAGUGUGUUUCCAGAAUGCUUUGUCAACCCUCUCUGUACCUUAGAUGCAGAUGUUGAACAAAGAUACUAACACCUAACUCUGGAUAACUAAAAUGAGAGUUGACUCCUGAUGUAAUUGGGAAGAGAUCUGAAAUAUCACAAAUGAAGAAGCAGUUGUUAUUGGUAGCAACCUAGGCCUAAGACUUCUGCUUAUAUGGUUCAUAACAUAGCUGUUGGCACUAAGAAAUAUUUGUCUCUAUUUUCACGCCCCUUAAAUAGCAUUUCAAGUUGCUUCACAAAACUAGCACCAUAUUUACAAAGUUAUGAUGCUUCUCCUCUUUGUCAAAGAAACAAUUUGGCUUGCAGUUGUGAGUGCUGACACCAUUUCAGUUCAAGAAUAUUGUGAAAAUGAGAUGAAUGUAUUUUUUUUCAAUCAGAAGCUAAAUACCUCUUUUCCAGCA